AUCCCAUAUAUAAACCUGUGAUUCAGCUCACAUUUUCUUCAUUCAGUUAUCGCUUCCUUCAAUCAGUUUUCGUAAAUUUUCUUCUCUUCCAAGUAUCACAGGGGUUUUCCUCCAACCGUAAGAAUCACUGAGCGGCGGUGAAAGGAUGAUGAACGGAAUAAGUUCCGGCAUUAAGAUGUCGAAGGCGGCGGCGGAGGAGGAGGAGACGACCGUAAAAGGGGUUUGGUUAUCGAUUCUCAAGGGAUUAGAACCUGCAGAAAUCGAGGAGGUAUUCUCUCAAAAGUUUUGUCAUCACUGUCAGCCUCUUCUGCAAUCUCGGCUGCAAUCCGUCGCCAACAGAAAACGCAUGAAGAAGUUGUCAACGUCAAGUCCUGGUUCUCCUGAUAAUAUUCCUGAGAGAUGUCUAGAAUCUUCCACUGAUAGUUUUCUAGAAUCUUCUAGCAAGAAUGGGUCAAUUAGAACUCCGCAAAACACCGACUCCAGAACUCGGAUGCGCUAUGCUGACAAGUUCUCCCCGGCAUCAGUUGACAGCAAAAAUUCAGCCUCAUCCACUGAAUCAAAAUCUGGUAGAUUAUUUGAUGAAGGAAUAUGUGGACUUUCUUCGGUGGAAGAUUUGGGAUUCGCAAACGUUGGAAGAAAGAACAACUUUGUACACAUAGAGAGGAUUAACGAGAAGAACGUGAAUGUGCUUCAAGGGCUCGAGCUACACACCAGAGUCUUCAAUGCUGAGGAACAAAAGAAGAUCGUUAAAUCCGUGUAUGAGUUUCAACGCAUGGGCCAAAGGGGGCGGUUUAGAGAAAAGACAUACUCGGAACCUGCAAAAUGGAUGCGAGGAAAAGGGCGCGUUACCAUUCAAUUUGGCUGUUGCUAUAAUUACGCAAUCGAUAAACAUGGAAACCCUCCCGGCAUACUUAGAAACGAAGAAGUUGAUCCCUUGCCACCGAUAUUCAAACAGAUGAUCAAAAGAAUGGUUCGCUGGCAUGUUCUGCCUCCUACGUGUGUCCCUAACAGCUGCAUCGUGAACAUAUACGAUGAAGGAGAUUGCAUUCCACCGCAUAUCGAUCAUCAUGACUUUCUUAGACCAUUCUGUACAAUAUCAUUCUUGACGGAAUGCAAUAUAUUAUUCGGUUCAAGCCUCAAGAUCGUCGGCCCUGGAGAAUUUGCAGGCCCCGUUUCCAUACCUUUGCCCACAGGAUCAGUGCUCAUAUUAAAGGGCAAUGGUGCUGAUAUUGCCAAACAUUGCGUCCCGGCUGUCCCUGCCAAAAGGAUUUCAAUCACUUUCAGGAGAAUGGACGAGAGUAAGAUUCCGUACGGUUAUUCACCUGAUCCAGAGCUGCAGGGUCUAGAGCCGCUGGUCUUAACUCCUUCACGUAAACCAGUAUCGCAACAAAAGCAGAUCGUAACAAAAGAAGUAUCUCCUCCUGCUUCAAAACCGAAUGGUGGUCCGUGUUUUGUGAUCGGAGGAGGUGAUUUUCCGCCUCUGGGUGUCGGAAAUGCAAGUCAACAAAGGGGUCAUAAGAAGAAUGUUUUCAAGAGUUAGGAAAAUUGGAUGAUAGUACUUGUUUUAAAUGUAGCGUUUCAUAUGCAAAUUGAAUGAGACAGAAUGCUUACUGAAUA